CUCAGCUAAUCCCCGCAGUGCAUCUAAUUUAGCCUGAUUAUUCUUGUACUCUUGCAAGCGUACAUCCCACAGAACUGAAAGUUUUCUAUACUCUUCUAUGAAUUCUAUGUUUUUUUCUUGUGACCAAUUCAUCGUGUUGCCUUUCAACACGGAAUCCUUCCCGCGACUGGUGGGAAGGCGUUCAACACUAGGCAACAGGCUAAAUCUUGUCGCAUGCGUCAGGCAACACGGCAAUAUGUUGCCGCCUGUCGCAUGCCACACAAUCGCAUGCUACAUGUUGCCUUCUGUUGAACUGGUGGAAACACACUUAGCCCAUGCGACAAUGUAGCAUGCCACAUGUUGCCAGAAUGUUGCCUUGGUGGAAUCCCGCCUUAAGAGCCCUUCCGUUGACCCGCCCCAUUUCCAUCUCACUUCUCGUUCAAUUACUGAUGGCAGUGGUGAUCAAGAACCUCACAACGCCGACGGUAAUUCACCUACUACCACGCUCCUCGCCGACGGCUGUUGACGAUCCUCGCUAUCUGCCGACAAACUACUGGCGGAGUGCCUCCUCGCCUCUUUUAACGCCCAGCCAUCGCUUCCAAGUCCUCUUCGAUCGCGCCUACCUGCACCAUGUCUACCCUCACUCUGCGCCGCCACACUCGCCAAUCCAUUUCAUCUACCACACCAAGUCUUCACGAAACCCUCGUCAGCACAGGCAAGAAUUCGCAGUUCAACCUACCACCACCAAUACUUCUUCGUUACUAUUAAAACUUCUGAAGGCGAUGUAACCCUCCUCGCUACUGAAUGUUGCACCUCAGUGCGAAAACUCCGCCACGCCCGCUACCCUGGCACGCGACGACCCUAGCGACCAUCGGAUCAUCAGGAAGCAUCUGUAGAUACCGAACAGAACCUGUAUCCCAGUAUGUUACUGCAGUGUUCAAAGCGUUGCGGACUGCCCGAGGACGAGUCUUGCACGUGGCCGAGUGAUGUGAAUAAUACGUAGCAAGUCCGGAUGGUACACUUCACACCUCCUUGGACGGACGCAGUUGUCGCCCAGCUUUCUCUUUUCACACGGGAAUAAACAUCCGCCCUUGAACGGAAUCGCCGCAUAAAAGGACACGUUCGUAAGACGGAAAUGGAGAGACAAGGCAGAGAGGCCAAGCCACACAGGGUCUAGCUCCACCACCUCGUCCUCCACCGGGGACACGGGGGUCUCUUGGGGGGUCUCAUAUCUAUCUUCAACAAUAAACAAAUCAAGCUAAGAACACUUUUGUUGACCCGCCCCAAGUCCAUCUCACGUCUCGCUCAUACACCAUUUUGUGAGAGGUUUGUUGUCCAGGCUGGUCAUGCUACUUGAGGGGUGUAACCUCCC